GUGCAGCUUCGGCCAGAUUCCAGAAAAAGGGGCCAGCAGAGGACAGAAAGUGGUUGAAGGGUUCAUAUAGACUCCACAAUUGACAGGUUAUAAAUGUGGCAGAUUAAACACUAUUACGGAGAGGAACAGUUGCAUAUAUCGAAGAUCAAUUGGCUCAUCAACUUUUGGCAGGAGCGAUUUUAUCUGUGGUUCACACUUUUCAAAUUCAGUAUCACAUUAGCCAAAGCAAUGAGAGAAAAGCUAUGAAGAUAACGGCUUCAAGAUGAGCUUUGCUUUCCAUGCUGUGCCUGAAAAAAGCCUUUUCAUUCUCUAUCCCGAGUUUGGGUGGAAGAUGAACGACACAGACACCUGGCAUGGCAUGAGGAACCACUUAGAGAUUAUAAUUUGGGAAGGAAAGAUUCAUACUCUAAUUUUAAGAUGGAGGACGCAUCUUAAGAAGUGGCAUAUAAACACCUCGUCACAAAAUUCAGGUGCGCUUUGAUAACAACUAGUUAAGCUGGAUAUUAGUAAGAAAGCAAAUGAAAGACCUGUUACCUG